UGUUUUGCUGCAGUUCCCUCGUUCUGGGGGCUGGUGAACUCCGCCUGGAACCUGUGCUCGGUGGGAAAGAGGCAAUCGCCCAUCAAUAUCGAGACAAGCCACAUGAUCUUUGACCCCUUUCUUACGCCUCUGCGCAUUAAUACAGGGAGCAGGAAGGUCAGUGGGACCAUGUAUAACACGGGCCGACACGUGUCGCUGCGGCUGGACAAGGAGCACCUGGUGAACGUGUCCGGGGGCCCCAUGGCUUACAGCCACCGUCUGGAGGAGAUCCGCCUGCACUUUGGCAGCGAGGACAGCCAAGGCUCCGAGCACCUGCUUAACGGCCAGGCCUUCUCCGGGGAGGUACAGCUGAUUCACUAUAACCACGAGCUGUACAGCAACGUCAGCGAAGCUUCCCGCAGCCCCCACGGCCUGCUGGUGGUCUCCAUCUUCAUAAAGGUAUCUGAAAUGGCGAAUCCGUUCUUAAACCGAUUGCUGAACAGAGACACGAUCACCAGGAUCACAUAUAAAAAUGAUGCCUAUUUACUGCAGUCGCUGAACAUUGAGGAGCUAUACCCAGAGACUCCCAGCUUCAUAACCUACGAGGGCUCCAUGACGGUCCCAGCCUGUUAUGAGACAGUUUCCUGGAUUAUAAUGAACAAACCCGUGUAUAUAACACGGAUGCAGAUGCAUUCUCUAAGGCUCCUGAGCCAGAAUCAGCCGUCACAGAUAUUCCUGAGCAUGAGCGAUAAUUUCCGGCCCGUUCAAUUACUCAACAACCGCUGUAUCCGCACCAACAUCAACUUCAGCCUCCCCGGGAAGGACUGUCCCAACAACCGGGCCCAGAAACUACAGUACCGGGUGAAUGAAUGGCUUCUGAAAUAACACGAAGUCUCCCAUCCCAACUACUAGCGGAGGGUUACCAUAACAACUGGUGUCCGUCCACCGCUCACAACCUCCCAGACACUCACAUUCACACGUGUGCUCAAAACACACACACACAGGUACUCGAACACACACAAACAUACAUACUCGCACAGGCUCAAACAUGCACAUAAAGACAUGCACACAUGCUAAAAUAAGGCCAUGCAAACACAUCCUCACACGCACACAUGCAUACACAAACAAGCACAUACA